GGGUCUUCGUUAAAAGAUUGAACAAUAUCACAACACAUUUUUAGACGUCCGUGGGGCAGAGAACUUCAACUUAAUUUUGUUAUUCGAACAAUCUUUCGCAGUGUUUCAACUCCUGCGUCAUUUAUCAUAACUUCUGGUUUGCAGGGGCGGUAUGGAUGACACAGAAAUGGCUGAACUGUUCGAUGGUCCGAGUCCGAGCCAAGUUCCCAGCCGGCCUGCUCGGUUUGCCCCCAAAGGCGCUAAAUUUAAACCCAAACCUGAAAUACCUCAGUCACAGCCAUCGGCAUCCGAUUCUGCAGAAUUGUUAAGCAAACCUAAGAAAGAAGAGUUUGGUAGCAAAAUCGAUUUGAAGCCAGAACCAGGGAAAGGUGCAGUAGCUAUGGAUGUCGACAGGAGCCCAAGGAUAAAAGCUGAGAAAGAUAAAUUGAUGGAAACGGAAGCUGCGGGAACUUCCAUGGAGACUGAGGAUGAAGUUGUGCGUGAAAUCGAUGUUUAUUUUGUUCCCUCUGUGGAUCCUAAAACUAAGUUGUAUAUAUUGCAAUAUCCACUUCGGCCAUCUUGGAGGCCAUAUGAAUUGGAGGAGAGAUGCGAUGAGGUGAGGAUGAAUCCAACUACUUCAGAAAUGGAGAUUCAUUUGAGUAUUGAUGUCGACUCUAAGAAUUAUGAUUCCAGUGCUGAUCCCAGAGUGAAGAUGGAAAAGCAGAUUCUCACUACUAAAUGGAAGCCACAUCACACAAGUGGGUAUGCUGUUGGUGUUCUUAAGGAAAAUAAGUUAUACAUAAAUCCUAUACAUGCAGUUGUACAACUACGACCAUCAAUGCAGCAUCUUGAUUCUAAGGAUUCUAAAUGGAAGUCUAAUGUCGCUGAGGAAGGUGUUGUGAAGUCAGAAGAGCCCCAGGAUGGAAAACCUUCGAGGGCAUCAAAGAAACCGAGUAACGCUACAGAACAAGCAAAGGAUGAAGGAGGGGACUGGGUUACUCUCACGUAUCAUGCUACUAGAACCGAAAUGGCACAAGGAUACCUACAUAAAUUAACAUCAGCAGAAAGCUCACAGAUCAAUUUUACCAUGCACCCGUCUGAAUACCUGGAUAGCUUAUGUCCUCGCACCACUAGAGACAGUUCCAACUCAAUUGGUGCUGCAAGCAGGCGUCUGCAGGGAUUAUCACUAAGAGAACGGUUUAAAACUUGGCUCCUCGAGGGCCCUCCAAUUCAUAAAUUUGAUGCUCUGAAGUACCUUGCUCCUGAUGAAUCAGACGAAGAGAUAUUAGUGGUCUUGCAGGAAUAUGCUAGGUUGGUUCAAGGUCUUUGGCUUCCAAAAAGUCCAUUGGUAUAUGGAACAGAUCAGGGAAUUGAAGUUUUGGCCAGGGAUUAUGUUCUUCUUUUGUUCAGCAAGGGUGUGAUAAUCAACAACUCUCAGUUACCACAAAGGCCCCAAUUAUCUAAAGCAAUGAAAGAAGUCCUAAAAGUAUUGGCUUUAGAAAGAGAGACCUUAAAGGACUGGAAACUUAAAGAGCCCCCAGAUUACGACUUUGUGAGAAAAUAUCCCGCUGUUGUAUCAAAACAACAUGAAGAGUGGAGAAACGUGGAAAAGAAAAUCAAUGAUCUUUAUGGAGGAAGAAAUGUGCCCAACACGAAGACCUCUUCAAAGACUAAUUCCACCAACAACCUUGUGGCAUCAAAAAGUUCUAGUAAAGUAGGUGUGAGGACUCAAGCUGGAGCAGUCUCGGUAACUGCUAUGUCUGAAGAAGCCCGAGAGGCAGUAACAAAGGCUCUUCAAAAACUUUUUAAAAGUUUUAAGGUUUGCAGGUUUCAACAAAUUGGCCAGCUGUUGAGGGACAUGGCAGUUUCUGAGCGUAACACUGGAUUAGCCAAACAGGCUGUGGCUGCUGCAAAUAGCAUCGACACAUAUCCAGAUGAAUUCAAGGCAAUUAUCAAUCAAGUGGCAGUAAAUGUUCAUGGCAUCUGUGUCCCUAGAUCGUCUCCAGAACAUCCAGAAUAUGAUCCAUUCAGGAAAGUUGUUAUUGGUCUUUUUCUUGCUCAAGGACCAAAUGGAAAGCUUAAAAAGGCUACCAUAGUUGAGGCAGCUAAAAUGGAGCUCAAAAGGGAGGUUACCAACAAUGAAUAUCAGAAGGUUUUAGGGGAGCUAUGUUCAUCGCAAGGAGGACUUUGGAUUCUGAAUAGUGGUGAAAGGAAACCCUAAGCUUUGAUACAUUACUUUAUCAAUUGAAAGCUCUCAAAAAUUUUAAUGUCAUUGUUGUUUGUUACUAGUUGAAAUAUGAAGAUUUUAAAUAUUAUUCAGAGACUCUUUCUAUGAAAGUAGGCA